AAAGCGGCGACCACCAGGCUCGCGCGCAGCCUCUCCGUUUUCCGUAGGUGAGGUGCUCACUCACUCGCGACAUGAGCAGCGCCCCCGCGCCAGGCCCGGCGCCCGCUUGCCUCACGCUCUGGGAUGAGGAGGACUUCCAGGGUCGUCGCUGCCGGCUACUGAGCGACUGUGCCAAUGUCUGUGAGCGGGGAGCCCUGCGCAGGGUGCGCUCAGUCAAGGUGGAAAACGGCGCAUGGGUGGCCUUCGAGUAUCCCGACUUCCAGGGACAGCAGUUCAUUCUAGAGAAGGGAGAUUAUCCUUGCUGGAGUGCCUGGAGCGGCAGCAGCGGCCACCACAGCAACCAAUUGCUGUCCUUCAGGCCAGUGCUCUGUGCGAACCACAGUGACAGCCGUGUGACACUGUUUGAAGGGGAAAACUUCCAGGGCUGCAAGUUUGAACUCAAUGAUGACUACCCAUCACUGCCUUCCAUGGGCUGGACCAGCAAAGAUGUGGGUUCCCUCAAAGUCAGCUCUGGAGCGUGGGUGGCCUACCAGUACCCUGGCUACCGAGGCUACCAGUAUGUCUUAGAACGAGACCGGCACAGUGGGGAGUUUCGUACCUACAGUGACUUUGGCACACAGGCCCACACUGGACAGCUGCAGUCUAUUCGAAGAGUCCAGCAUUAGGCUCCACAUUCCCGGUCGUCACCAGAAAGAUUCUCAAUAAAAACUCCGGAAUCUACCUGCC